AUGGAUUGUAAAUGUAUUAUUGACAUGAGAACAAGCACCAGUUAUGAUACUAAUGUACAUGAACAAAUUUGUCGAUUAAUUAUAACUUUAUUUAAUAAAAGGAAGGUCUUAUUUGGUUCAAUUACAAUUAAAUUAACAUCAAUGAAAAGUGCACGAUCUAUUGAUUGUCGUCAUCAAUCGACACUAGUUGGAGUUCAAUCGAUCACAAUUCACAUCGAAGACAAAUGA